GUAACAGAAUGCGGCAUAAAAUAAGUUAAGAAACGUUAUUGUUCAACAAACAAAUCACUAAUGUUUACGUAUUGCUAUAAGUGUGCCACUCAAAUGUUGUUGACUGAAUAGACGUAAAGAAUAUAAAUAUCAUUACUGUGGUUCACUGUACCCACCCGAUGAAAAUGCUGUAUGACAGAGUAUUUCACCUUUUAUUCCUAUUAAGUACACUGUGCUUAUCAGUCUGCAUAGCCGAAAGCCGAAAUUCAUGGCCUAGCAUUCAAUCAUUAAUAGACUUCUUAAACAAGUUAGAACAAUACUUAAGUCGUAAGCAUAUUUUGUGAGAUUUGAUACAUGUUGAAUUGAGCUUAUUUGAGUGCUAUCUUACUACUUAACAAAUUAUGAUGAGAACUCCGAGUCGGAUCAAGUAGUUAGAAAGACCCUAAUACGAGUAUUUGUAUGCAUUUGAUCACUUCACUCAAAAUGUAGUAAAAAAAACCCAGUUCUUUUCAGUUGAAUAUCACCCAUAUAAAUAAUCUGAUGCUAUUUAGUUAGGUUGUUGACUGCCAAAGUUCCAGGUGAUGAGGAAAGAUAACAGAUUUCUAGAAAUCUCAUACUCAAGACCUUGAAUUCCCUUAAAAAGUAUUAGAUCCAAGACCCAUAAUGUGAAUUGAUAAUAAGGCUUACCACUCAUUUGUCUUGUAUAGCAGCUAGUAUUUAUGCAGUUAGAUGUAAGGAAAUCAUUUAAAUGAAGAAUGAUGAGCAGAGUUAAUGAGACGUGUUUUCUUAUUAGGGCAUGUUGUUGAUGUCUGCUCAAUAAAUCUCUUUUGUCUGUCAGAUCGCAGUGACAAAUUGCUAACUUGUACGAUGAACAUGAAAAGUUCCAUAAAAAAAGUUUAGUGUUUAUAUGACCAGCUUUUCAAUACUCCUCAUACUAAUUCUAAUUGGUAAGAGGUGCGGGAUGAAAUACUUAACGGCAAGGUUCUGCUGAUGAAUUUUAUCAAUUUAUGCACUGUUUUUUGUCAAAAUAAGCAGGAUAACCAAGUUGUUUUAAAGUGAAUCCACUCAAUCAAUGACACACAGCUAACUUGUACGAAGAACAUGAAAAGUUUGAUGUAAAAGCUCAUGGUGUAUAUUACCAGCUUUUCAUCAAUUCUCAUACUAAUUCCAAUGCAAAAAAAGUGCGGGAUAGGGUACUUAACAUCAAAUUUCUAGCAGUGAAUCUUACCUAUUUAUCCGCCAUAUCGAUUAAAUUCGCUGAAUCAUUGAGGUGGUCUUGUACUUCAUAGCUUUAUUACACAAACCCAGGAAGUAAUGCAAAUGCUCUACGGCUAGAGCGAAAUUAUCGAAACGCUUUAUAUUGUUCUUUUCUUGUAUUUAACUGACAUGCAAGUGGUUUACGGAAAAAACAAUAAAUGCAGACGCUGAUGCUGAUAAUGUGAAUUGUCUGUUGGCCAAAUACCUUGUCAAAAAUAUUAUUUGAGUGGUAUUAACUACGUUCAUCGCAACAAAACAGUGCCAUUUUCACAACUGCUUAGCUGAUUAACAAUCCCGUAAUUCUACUACUUGAUAGAAUAUCAGGAAUUAGAGGGAAUAAACUUACAUUCCAUUAGUUUUAGUGAAAUGAUGUUCAGUGUCUGAAAAUGUUCAAUCGAGGCUGCAUAGCACAAUCUAUGUGUGUCGUUGUAAAUUUAAAUAAAAAAACGUCAUGUUUCAUUUUCUUUUGAUGGGUUAAGAAAACAAUUAUUUAUUUAUUACUAUUAUUUAUUUUUUCCCUUGGGUUCCUAGUGAAAAAAAUACGGCUUCAGUAGAACGCCCCCAUUACACUCUCUUCUCUGCAGUCUUUCCAACCUCGCUCCACCACUGCCAACAAGCUUUCAUUUCUUCCUCACUCGACCUCCUCCAUGUUACCCUCGCCUCAGAUGCCCAACUAGUCGUUUCCUCUUCGGAUUCCUGUCGACGGCCUGACCUGGCCUGAAGAGUGAGGUCCCCAAUCGGUCUUCGCAGCCUAUGCCCAACCAGUCCAUCUUCAGCGUCAGUAUCGAAUGAGUGCAGGUGGGAGCUGUUGAUGAAUGUGUGUGUAGUUUGUUGGAAGUGCUUUGCGUGACACACCGAGUUUCUUAACCAUCACAUAGAAGCACUGACUUAACUGACAUUGGUGUUGAGAAUCGGGAUGUUGUUCAGGCUUUGUGCUGAGUGGAGUGGAGUAGAUCUCCACACUGAUUUCAGAUUGGUGCAGGAAGGCCUGUCUUGCUGUCUUUCCGAUCCUGAUUUUGACAUUCUCGUCUGUGCCGCCGCCUGUAGUUGGAGCGAUGCUGCCUAGGUAGGUGGUAGGUGAAGGAGACAACUUCUUUUAAGUUUCUCCCGUUGAUGUUGAUUGGUGCUUGUUGUUGAUGUUGUUGUUUGGGUAUCUUCAUCACCUUCAUCUUCUCUACAUUCACUUGAAGUCCGGUUUUCGCUGCCUCUUCUGUCGACUUGUUAGUUUUUGCCUGUAUUUUUUCCAGUUUGUGCGAUAUUAGACAUAAAUCAUCAUCGGCGAAACCCAAAUCUACUAAGGUCUUUUCAUCGGUACAGCGUAUGCUCCUCUUUUUGAGCCCAGUAAAUAAAAAUUUUUGCCAUUUUAGUGUUCCAGAACUUAACCAGUGGUAAUAAUACUUUUCUUUCAUUUCUCAAAAAAUGAAACCAAGCCAUCAAGAAACUUCAACUAAAUGGUGUUCAUCUCAUUAUGUAUGGCAGUAGUAAUUACUUAAACAAACAAUCAUCCAGUUGGUGUUCCUAUCAUUAAACGUUUUUGUCACACACAAAUACAUGUCACUUGAAAUGA